ACCUAUUGGAAUGUGUAUGACAUUUGACAGUUGGCUGUUCUACAUGUCGAAACGAAGCCAACAGUAUUUGUUUACAUUCAAAAAUUCGCCUUGUAAUCAUCGCAUCGCAUCACAUCGCGUUAGUUUUUAUACAAAUGAUUCCUUUCAUGUGAUUUCAAUGCAAAGGUCAAUAAAGCAAGGACUGCCGUCGAUUAUCCGUGAAAGAUAUCGGGAUGUAAUUGUCGCAAUCAUUUCGUACUUAUCGGUGAAGGCCACGAAGAUCGCAUGCCUUGCAUCGUUACUAUUUUUGAUGAAGGUCAAUGAAGCACUCGACGAUUUCAACUAUGAUUUUUUUGAAACCGAUGAACCAUCAACGAUCAUACACAACUGUUUCGUUCUUGUCGAUAACAUUGGUAACAUAUCGCGUAUGUUACCUGGUUUCCGCAACAUUGUCGACGCUGCACACAUUGACUGGCCCACAAACGGUGGGUUUGGGAAUGGUUUCAAGUAUUUGUGGGAGCAGUAUCGCGACAACGUCAAGACGAACCUGACAACGCACUGCGAGUCUCGACUGCGGAAGUUUUUUAAAAUGAGAGCAUUCGAACUCAACGACUACACCAUCAAGUACAAUUAUUUCAAGAAUUUGUGCGGUUUGAUCGAAUUAGAAUUGCCAUACUAUGACGAUGGAGAUAUAAAAAAUGCCAUCAAUUAUACUUAUUGUCGUCGAAACACCGCAAUUGGCGACGUUGAACGUGAGAUGCGAUUGGGUGAACUAUUGAUGAAUUGCGGAGCACCGGACGAUUGCAACAUCCGUGACUUUGUGAAAGAGGAUUGGUUCACGUCGAUUCGCAUGUGGUCGGAAAUUCUGCGCGAUAUUCGGAACUUUCACUUUGCAUACGAAGAUAGUCGCGACAAACCGCAAAUAAAAAACUUUGUCGUUGUGCCGAUGUGCACUUUUCAGCGUCGACACAUUCGAAUUGACACCGACGCAUUGUACGUUAUCCUAUCGAAUGCGAAAUUGGUGCCUCGAAAGUGCGGUAAACGAACAUACAAAGACGGAACAACGAAUUUCAAAAAUAUUCAGCAAAGAAUUCACCAUGAAUAAAAUCCUAAGUUGGAAUUUAUUCUUCGAUGUGGAAAAAAUUCUCAAACUUGUGCACAACAAAAAGUAAUUCGAUUCUCAAAUUUGUUCCGAUGCUGUACAAAAAACCGAAAGUAACACCAGUCGAGACAACAGAUGACGAAAUCAAAGCAAUGUAUGACAGCAACGAGUUGAUAUGCUGUUGGAUGUGAUCUGGGUAUGCGUACGUGGAACGCUUCCGUACGACGAUAUUUGCAUACCAAAGAUGAGGUGAAUUUACGUAUAUCCAGCAAGCGAUAUCACUGGGAUGCGAAACAAGGCCGACGUAAUGCAAAAGCCGAACAAAUCACACGAUUGUUUACUUUCGAAGAGCAAGCUGAUCGUAAUCGAAUUGCAGCUAUGAUUGGUGAAAUGCCAUCGCCAAAAGGACCAUCAUGGCGUUCGUACAUCGAACAUCGAUUACGUGUAAUGAAUGAUGGCAUUGAAACAUAUUCGACCAAACAGUAUGCACGCUUGGGACUGGACAAGCAUAUCGAAUCGGUUCAUGCAAUCGACAAAACGGCAUGCAAAAUGGCUCACAAUCAACCAUCAAUUUUCUACAUGGGAGCCAGCGGAUCAACACCAGCUAAUUCGCCGAUUAAGAUCAAGAAACAUGUGCGAUGUCCAGGCACACGGAAGCUGCUUGAGGCCAUUAUGAAACGUGGCAAUUGCAUCAUUCGAAUGGUCUAUGAGUACAUGACAUCACAGCAUUGUCCGUUGUAUUUCAAACGAUUUCCACAACAAACUCGACGUGAUCGAUACAAGGCAUGCGAGAUAUGGGCGAUGUCAUUGCUGCAACUCUUCGAGAUGGACCGAAUGCAGGUCGUUUGGUGUCAAAGAAGCAACGCUUCUUCAAAACAUGGCUACCAAAUGUUGCAAACUUUGAAAUCGAGGGAGCUGCCGGAGCACGACUAACGCUCACAACUGUAUGGCAUCGUGAUAUCGCUGCAGCGGAGAUGAUCCUCUACAAAGUCCGCUAGGCUUGAUUAAAUUGUGGCCUUGCCGAACUACGAGUUACCUCUUGGUAUAAAUUGUACUCGGUAAGUGAAGUUUAUUGCAUAUUGAUAAUUAUGAAUGAUCUCAAUUUUUUUCAUAUUAAUCUAAUUCAUAUCGACUUGGAUCAAUUGCUGAGUGAGUGUGGAGACAUA